CUGGCCAAAUGUCCCCCCCCUCCUUCAGGGGAACUGGCUGGAAGUGAUGCCAGCGUGGGGGAGCGUGGUCUCAGGGGCCCUUGGCUGAUAAUCCUCUCUGUAGGAUAGAGCAGAAUCGCUGUGGUUGGAAAAGACCUUUAAGAUCGAGUCCAACCGCUCAGCUCACACUGCCCAGCCCACCACUGACCCGGGCUGGGGCGCUGCUGCUGCUCCUCACGCUGACAGGACUCACAGUUCUGGUGGCUGCACCGUGGUGGAGAGAGACAGGGCUCGGGGAGUGUCGGUGGAGCCUUUCAAGACUUUCCAAAUACCAGCAGAAAGAGUCUGGAGAUAAGGGCUGAGGCGAGGUGCCACGGGAGAGCAGGGAGGCAGGGAAACAGGGGCCAGAGUCCCCAGAGUAAACAGCCAGAGUCCCCUGCCCAGCAUCACAUGAAAGGCUCAGGAGUGGAAAGGCACAGAGCCACCCGUCCCCCCUGCUCCUGGCACCGGGGAGAUAAGAGCAUGAGGCACCAGAAACUCCCUCCCCAGCCACGUUCCUGGCACUGAUGCUGGGAGGGUGCCCCUGGCAUGGUGCUGGCUUGUGGCUGCUCAACACCUGCCCGAGACAGAGGGGUGGGAAUGGCAGUGGAGACCUGGCACUCCUGGCAAGGGCACUCGGUCAGCAGCAGCCAGCUCAGGGCCGUGCUCUGCAUGCCCUCUGCCUCUGGCAACCUCAGAUCCUUUAGACCAACAGAGUCAAGAUCAGUGGGACAUGCAAAGCCCCAGAAAGCUCAGGGAAAGCUCAAGAGAACUCAGCUUCUGAGGGAGGAGCUGUCUGUGCUGCUGACCGACAUCCACCAGUACAAGAGGAACCUGGACGAACACUUCAGCAAACUCAUCAACAACAAGAGCCGCAUCACGAACGAGGUGGAUGUCUUCAGGUGUGUGAUCCAGAAGGAGUUCCAGGAGCUGCACAGGUACAUUGAUGAGGAGAAGGCCACCUUCCUGGAGAGCAUCGAGGGGAAGGCAGCCCAGCUCAUCACCUCCAUUGAGUCCCAGGUGAAGCAGACAUCAGAUGCCCUGCAGAGGCUUAAGAAGAUGCAGAGCUCUCUGGAGGCACUCAGCAAUGAAAGUCAGCUUGAUUUCAUCCAGAAAUACAGCUCCUCCCAGUUCAGGUCAGAGCUCCUCAGCCUGCACCCUGCAGAUGGCAUCUUUAGCCCUGUGUCCUUCAAGCCCUGUUUCCACCAAGAUGACAUCAAGAUGACUGUGUGGAAGAGGCUGCACCGCCGUGUCCUGCCAGCUCCAGAGACGCUGAAGCUGGACCCGGUGACAGCGCAUCCCCUGCUGGAGCUGUUCAAGGGUGACACGGUGGUGCAGUGUGGGCUGUACCAGCGCCGCGACAGCAACCCCCAGCGUUUCGACUCCAGCAACUGCAUCCUCACCUGCAAAGGCUUCUCCUCCGGGCAGCACUACUGGGAGGUGAUCGUGGGCACCAGGAACCACUGGCGCGUUGGCAUCAUCAAGGGCACGGUGAGCCGCAAGGGGAAGCUCAGCAAGUCUCCCGAGCACGGCGUGUGGCUCAUCGGCCUGAAGGAGGGGAAGGUGUACGAGGCCUUCAGCAGCCCGCGGGCCGUGCUGCCGCUGAGCGCCCGGCCCCAGCGCAUCGGCGUCUACCUGCACUACGAGAGGGGGGAGCUGAGCUUCUACAACGCCGACAACCCCGACGAGCUCAGCCCCAUCUACACCUUCCAGGCCGAGUUCCAGGGGCAGCUCUACCCCAUCGUGGACCUGUGCUGGCCGGAGCGAGGGCCCUACUCGCCCCCCAUCAUCCUGCCCGCGCCUGCUGCCAGCCGGCCCCCGCGGGCGCCCUGCAGCCAGCCUGCCCCCGAGGAAGCCGUGAAGCCGUAGCCCUGGCCGGAGGGUUGGGGCUGUGGCUGGGGAGGGCUGUGGCUGGCUGCCCUGGGCACACAGCAGGGCCAAGGCUGAGCGUGGGGUCGUCCUCACGUGGAAGCGGUGGGACUACAGCAGGCUCCUUCCCUUCUCCUCCUCUAGUCGUAGAGUGGUGUGUGUUGGAAGGGACCUUUAGAGAUCCUCCAGUCCAAUCCCUCUGCUGGAGCAGGUCCCAGUUCAGGUCACACAGGAACCCAUCCGGGCGGGUUUUGAAAGCCUGCAGAGAAGGAGACUCCACAGACAUCAGCCUUGGCCUGUGAAGCCCCGUCCCCAGUCUGGCAGGAUGACCCAAAAGCCUAAAACAUGUCUGGCCUACGAAGCUCUCGCUGUGGAAAGGAGCCCCUGCCUGAAAAGCAGGAGCUGUGAGCGCCCAGCAUCUCGGUGGGCACAUCUUUGUUCUGAAUAAAUCGCUUGUGUCAUGCUG